AUGGCCCCCCACGACGCGGACGUCCUCAUCAUCGGCGGCGGCCCCGCCGGCCUCUCGGCAGCCACCGCGCUCAGCAGGCUGAUGCACCCGUGCAUCAUCUUCGACUCGGGCGUCUACCGCAACGCCCGCGCCGCCCACAUGCACAACGUCCCGACGUGGGACCACAAGAACCCCGAGGACUUCCGCGAGGCAGCCCGCAGGGACCUGACGGAUCGCUACAAGACCACCCGCAUAGUGCGUGCCAAGAUCGACAAGCUCGCCAAGCUGCCCGAUGGCGGCUUCGAGGCCCUGGAUGACGCGGGGAAGCGGUACACGGGCAAGAAGGUCGUCUUGGCCACGGGCUCCGAAGACAUCUACCCCGACAUUGCCGGAUACGAUGACUGUUGGGGUCGUGGAAUCUACCACUGUUUGUUCUGCCACGGCUACGAGGAGCGUGGCGCGCCCAAGGCCGCCAUCCUGGCCGUCGAGGACAUGGCGGACCUGAUGCACUCGAUUGCCGUGGGCUGCAUGGCCGCCCGCCUUUCCACGAGUGUGAGCAUCCUCACUCACGGCAACGCCGAUUUGACCAAGGAGAUCUCGGCCGCAGCCGCGGAGAAGGGCUUGACGGUAGACUCGAGGCGCAUUGUUCGCUUUAAGAAAGUGUCAGCCGACAGCGCUGACGUUGAGGUCGAGUUCGAGGAUGGCAAGAAGGAGGUGUUUGGCUUCGUCGCUCACAAGCCGAGGAGCAAGUUGAAUGGGCCGUGGGCAGAGCAGCUUGGGAUUGAGUUGACUCCCGGGCUCGACGUCAAGGUCAACCCGCCGUUCAACGAGACGAAUGUUCCCGGAGUCUUUGCAGCCGGAGACUGCGCCUCUCCGUUCAAGGUGGUGGCAGGAGGUAUUUCCAUGGGUCUCUUUGCUGCAAAUGGUGCAGCUGUGCAAGUCCAACAGGGCAAAUAA